AUGAGUAUGGUGGGAGAACUGAAUUUUUUCAUAGGAUUACAGGUUAAGCAGACAGAUGUAGAGAUCUUCAUUUCUCAAAGUAAAUAUGCAAAAAACUUAGUUCACAAGUUUGGGUUGGAUACGUCCAAACAUGAGAAAACACCUAUGGCUAUUACUCUCAAAUUGACCAGGGAUGAAACAGGAAUUAAGGUUGAUCCCACACUGUACCGAAGGAUGAUAGGUAGUCUUUUAUACUUCACUGCUAGUCGACCUGACAUUUGCUAUAGUGUAGGUGUGUGUGCCAUGUAUCAAGGGAAUCCAAUGGAAUCCCAUGUGUUAGCUGUCAAACGUAUUAUUUGUUAUGUGAAUGAAACUCUUGAAUAUGGUCUCUGGUAUUCAAGGGAAACUAACUCUCACCUUCUUUGUUUUAGUGAUGCUGAUUUGGCAGUAAAUGCAGAUGAUAGAAAAAGCACAAGUGGUGGUUACUUUUUCUUGGGGAACAAUCUGGUGUCAUGGCACAGUAAAAAGCAAAACUCUAUUUCCUUAUCCACAACUGAGGUUGAAUAUAUAGUUGUUGGGAGUUGUUGCUCUCAACUACUGUGGAUGAAACAUAUGUUGGUCGAUUAUGGGAUAAGUAUGGAUACUUUGACUGUUUUUUGUGAUAACACUAGUGUAACACCCUAA